ACAACAAUGGCGGACGCCGCGGAGGAAGCGCUUCACGGCAGCUGGGACCAGGAUCUAGCCGAUGCUCUGGAUUCUGGUGGUUCUGACACGGAGAUGGAGAGAGGCAUCGCCCAGGUGCAGGAACAGUCAGCCCAACACAGAGCCAAAAUGUGGAAGAUCGCUCUCAAUGUCUCUGGAAAAGGAGACAGUCUGUCUCCCUGGGACGGCGUCUUGGAUUUACCAGAACAGACACCCAUUCAUAAUCGAAGUCAACAGCUGAUUGAUCAGCUGGGAUUAUCGGAGGAGGAGAGCAGUGACAUGGUGUCUGAUGUUGAGUCAGUCAUCACUUUCUACUGCAAGUCCCGCAACAUCACCUUCACUCCAGAGCUGAGCUGGCCACACCUGCUCAAACCACUACUGGGGCUUAUGCUUCCCCGCAGCGACCUCUACAACUGCUUCUAUGCUGUUAUGAACAAAUACAUCCCCAGGGACUGUGUGCCAAACGGUCGACCCUUCCACCUGUUCAGACUACUGCUGCAGUACCACGAGCCUGAGCUCUGCUCUUUCUUGGACACCAAAAAGAUCACACCUGACUCCUACGCCAUCAACUGGCUGGGUAGUAUAUUUUCCAGUCACUGCCUUCCUGAUGUUACCCAGGCAUUGUGGGACAUCUACCUCCAGCAGGCUGACCCCUUCCUCAUCUUCUUCAUCAUGCUAGUUAUGCUCGUCAAUGCCAAAGAGAGCAUCCUUACACAAGAAGGAGACGGCAAAGAGGAAAUCAUCAAAAUGCUGGAAGCGUUUCCUUCGCUCCUGGAAUCUGAAGACGUUGAAGAUUUGUUUUCUCUGGCUCAGUAUUAUCAGAGCAAGACUCCAUUGUCGCUCAGAAAGAUGAAUCAGAAUCUGUUUGGUAGCAGCCUGGUGGCUCUGAAAGAGGAGGACACAGACCUGAGUCAGGCCCUGUGUCUCCCUGUGUCUGUCCCUGAAAUCCUGCAGGCCAACCAGCUUCAGCAGGAUGGUGUGCGGUUCUUUGUGGUGGACUGUCGGCCUGCGGAGCAGUACAAUGCCGGGCACCUGUCCACGGCCUUCCACCUGGACUCUGACCUGAUGCUCCAGAAUCCUUCUGAGUUUGCUCUCUCUGUGAAAUCCCUGCUGGAUGCUCAGAAGCAGUCUUUAGAGUCUGGUUCCAUCGCCAGCGGAGAGCACCUGUGCUUCAUGGGCAGUGGGAGGGAGGAGGAGGACAUGUAUAUGAACAUGGUGUUGGCCCAUUUCCUGCAGAAAAACAAAGAAUAUGUCUGCAUCACUAAAGGAGGUUUCAUGGCUCUUCAGCAGCAUCUGGUUGACAUUAAUGUGGAAGGCCUGGACUCUUCAUACCUCCACUGGAUUGUCAGCACAUCAGGGUCUCACAGCAGCCUCAGCUCUGCUGAUGGAGAGUCACUCAGCAGCCCUGGAGACGGCAAAGGAGUGAAGUCCCUGGUCAACAAAAUGACAUUUGCCUUCAAGUCCAAGUCGGUAAACGUGAAGGAGAAGAUGAUCAGCUUCAUUGAAAAUACUUCCACCCCUGUAGACAGAAUGUCUUUCAAUCUGCCUUGGCCAGAGAAGGUGAUUCCAGAUCGGCACGUGAGCAGCAGCGACCGUGUCGGCAAACCUUACCGAGGUGUUAAACCUGUGUUCAGUAUUGGUGAUGAAGAGGAGUAUGACACAGAUGAGAUUGACAGCUCGUCCAUGUCAGACGAUGACAGGAAGGAGAUUGUCAACAUUCAGACCUGGAUGAAAAAACCAGACGUAAAGCAUCACAUUCCAUGUAAUGAGGUGAAAGAAACUGGCCACAUGUUCCCGAGCCACUUGUUGAUCACAGCAACUCACAUGUACUGCCUGAGGGAGAUCGCCUCAAGGAAAGGCUUCGCCUACAUCCAAUCCAGACAAGCACUGAACUCUGUGGUGAAGAUCACAUCCAAAAAGAAGCACCCCGAACUGAUCACAUUCAAAUUUGGCAGCAACAACUCAGCUGGAGUGGAGAUAUCAGCAGUUGAGAGAUACUUGAUACCAAACGCAGGCGACGCCACCAAAGUCAUCAAGCAGCAGAUCAUGAAAGUGCUGGAUGCUCUGGAAAGCUCGUAAACAGAGAUGAUGGUGUCACGAUGGAGGGGCUCUGGACGGCCAGCCGUGACGCAGACUGUACAGAAGAGUCACCGUCUGCCACCGUUUGUCCCGCUCCCCCUCGGCUGUCCUCCCUCCUGGACAGAUGCAGUGCAGUGAUGACUGGACAGCCCUGUGUGUCUGUGUCUGGGACGGGGGAGCUCACCACUGACUGCAGACCUGUGGGACAGAAUGUGUGUGCAAAUACUUAGGUGCUCUGCAGUCAUCAAACCAUUAUCUUACACUAAUUUAAAAUCUAUUGGUUCAAGUGUAUGUUUUACUUUACUCUUGACAAAACAUGGGAUUACAGUGCAAUUCCAACCUGGCAAUUUCCCUCUGGCCUUAACGUAGCUACUGAGCAACUGACCGGCGGCACACCUGUUCAAUCAUUACGCGACUGACUUUUUCUUUGGACUCAAGCAUCUCGAGUCUUACUCCUUCUUUUUGUAGUGAACAGUAUCGCAGGUCAGUCAUGUCUCUUAACUAACUUUCUGGAUGUGUUCAGUAGAUUUAAGGAUCCUGGUUGUUUUCAAGAAGUGAGCAUGGGUCAGCAAACCUUAAGAUCCACAUCCCCCCCAAAAAAGGCAUUGCAGGCACAUGAGUCAGGUUUUCUCACCAUAACACCUAUUUUUGUUAACUUUUCUUUUCCAACAGGCUCCUUAAAUAUAUACUAUUUGAGGCUGUUUGAAAAUGUGAUGUGUGUAUAUACAUAUAUAUAUAUUAUGUAAACUGCUCUAUAUCAGCACAGACCUUUUCAAUGUUUCUCUGAAAGCAUUUCCUGAUAGUUAGAAUAUGCAGUGAAACUUCUAAACCGGCUCAGAGUUUAAAGCCUUUCACUGAGUUUCUGGCAGAUCAUUAAUCUCUGCUUUUCCACACAGUAAUGAAUUAACCUCAUCUCAUAGCAGUCUGAUGUAGCUCUCCUAAAGUAUUGCUCACAUUCCUCUUGACUGCAUCAACAGGAGGGUCAGUGAUUGUUUUAAAGGCCGAGCACCUCAGUGUUUUUCCAUCCCAUUCAGACUGAAUGAUUUUCCCACUAAUGAUGCUUAGGUGGAAUUGUUUUUUGAUAAUGACACUGUAAAAGAAGCAGCAUCAACCUGUUCAGAGAGAAGACGUCACUACAACGAGGACUGUGCUUUGACGCUAAUUAAGAUCAGCCCGUCUCGUCCACUGUAUUAGUCAAAACUCAACAGCUCCAGUUUGCUCGCCACUGUUGCCUUCGGCCUCAUGCCUGUGAUGUGUGAUAUUGGAACCAGCAGUGGCAGUGUAUCGCUGCGUGCCCUCUAAUCUUAAACUCACCUAAAGACUUCCCCUCGCUUCGUUCUUGCUCACCAGUUAAUUUGUCUAGUUGUGUGGGCAUCCUGCGUUUCAGGUGUCAAAGCCUCUAAAGUGGUGCAGGACUUUCCUGACAAGCUCCAGUUCAAAUUUCAGUCAGGAGAGGAGGAAUAAUAAUGGGCUAAAACAUGUGGCACAUUUAAAAAUGGGCAACAAGAUGCAAAAACUUGAAUUAAAAAUUCCUAAUACUGGUCAUUCUUCACUGCGGCCCUUCAGAGCAUUCCUGUGUAACCCAUGCAUUGUGUUGUACUUUGUAAUUUGUGAUACUUUUCGGUUUUCUGUUAACUGGAGUCUUGACUCUUGACAUCACUGGCGAAGGAUGUCAACCACUAGUUGAGAUGCAACAUGUCUCAGAUGUAACUGGCACCUUACUGUACUGCUAUCUUUUUCUAAGCGUUGCUGUUUUUAAUAAAUGGAGAUUAUUCGACUGCA